UUGUGCGUUAUGUUAUGCGCACCGGUAGUGUUCGUGCCCAUACAAUGCAAAAAGUGAUUCCCGCGCGAGUGUUUUAGAAUUUGAACAAAAACAGUGUGAAUCAAAUUACUGAGAGAAAAGUGUUAUUUAUUGUUUACAUAAUGUACAUUUGUGACACAUAUUAUUAUACUUAUCAAAAUAUUUGACUGGAUUUCUCCGAGCAGCGAUUUAAAAAAAUUGAAGGAUGUCAAAUUUUCAACGAACAAGAAGCAAGGUUUGGUGGGGUGACUCAUCGCCGAAUGUUGGCAGCCCAGUGGUUCAACCUGAGUGGAACCAAAACGAGCGCAGAGACGAACAAAAUUGGGAGCCGCAGCUGCCUCACUGGAUAGCAAAUCAGCCUGAACAAAGAAACGUUAGCGCCGAUAAUUUAGCGCAAGCAAAUAAUAUGCCGAAUCAGUGGCCUCUCCGACAUGGCAGCCCCGGCAGCCAUAAGAGUCAAGAUUCAGGAUUCUCGGACUCCGAUAGCUCUCCGCCCGUAUCUCAAUAUUAUUCUACGCCAGAUAAUAGUGAUAAGGAUAAAAGCGAUAAAAAUAAAUCGUCGAAUAGUAGCGACUCGAAUAACAAUGAGAAUAUUACUGUUAAACAAGCAAACGAUUCUCAAAACACACUGCAUUGUAAAGAUGUGAAUAAUUCAAACAUGUCGAAUAAUGUUAAUUCUGCAACUCCAACACCAAAGCCUCGAUUAAGAAGUAGCAGCGUAAUACAAACUCCUUACGACUUACAAAAAUAUUGCGAAGUUCACCAUGAUGAAGAGCAUAUGGAGUUAUUGAAAGACAAAGAAAAUGAGAAUACAAAUAAAGUAGAAUCAAAAUAUCAUUCUCCGAAAAACAUUAACAAUGAGUCACAGAACAAGGAGAAGGUAACGAAAACAAUAAACAAAUCAGUAAGUUCGAACUCUUCCAAAAAUGUUAACAAUGCUACACAAAACUCUCCAAAACUAAAGAGUAAUAAGGAAAAUAGUCCAAAUACGAGUGCAAUACAAAUAGAUACCAAAGAUAUAUCUGUAAAAAAUUUAAAUAUUUUAAGUCCGUCUAAGAAAUAUCCGAUUAAAAAGUUUGUAUCCAGUACAGAUAGUGACAGUACGAAGACGAGCAAAAUAGCUAAAGUAAAAGAUUUGGAGACAAGUAAAAAUAUAUCAGACGACAGUUUUGAAUACAUUAAGCUAUCACACAACAAUGAAAUUGCGGUCAACAACCAGCCUAGAGUUCGAACACCUAUUUCUAAUGUUACAUACGUACCUACUGAAAGAAUUUCAACGGCAAAACCAGAAUACAAACGUAGUAUGUCUAAUGAAGAAAGUAUUCCUAUUUCAACUACACCUAAAUUUCAGAGGAAUAGACUUAAUCAAUCGCUCAAUUUUGAGGGACAAAGGUUAGACCAACAAAUACUGGACAUUCAAGAAGGAUAUCAUUCCUUAGGGUAUAUCGACGAAGAUGAAUUACCAAAACCAGAAAAAUUAAGUCCAAAAGAGCAAAUGCAUAAACCUAUUAAAGCAUUACUAGGUAAAAAUAUCAUGGAUAGUCUAAAUUUAAAGCCAACUAAAAAAGCUGGACCCAAAUCCAAGUAUCGAUUGGCUAAGGAUCAAUUUAAGUUAUUUACAACAAAAAAAGAAAAGCCCGGUGUUGUGGCGGACAAAGCUGGGGGAGUUUUGAAUGGAAGUCGAGUGCCAUCGUUAGGUCUACCUAGGACUUGCGAUCAAAGCUCCUGGGUAAUCGUGGGGUAUCCAGUACAACAAGAAAUGUUGAUACCUAAUUAUAACGAAAGACUGGUAGGAACGGAAAGUGAUACUAAUGUAAAAGGAAAAGAUAAAGGUGCCUCUAACGAAAAUAUUGAUAAAUGCAAUCGACUAACCCCACCACCGCAAUUUCAAGAUAAACAAAGCAUUCCAUACGAGACCAAUUCCAAAACAGACAAAAAUUUAACACACGAUUCAAAGAGAGAAAAAUUAAAAAUAGACGACAUGAACUUUUCGGAUCUUCAACUAGAUUUAGGUUGUACUUCGACGCCAAAAAUGCUAGCACCUCAUGAAUAUAUGAAUGGCGCUCAAAAUAGCAGCACGAAGAAUUCUCGUAGAGUUAAUCUGCUAGAAAAUUUUAAUGGCGGGUUAGUCUUGAACAAUCGCAAUGAAAUAUUGUUCAGAGAAAGGAGUAUAGACCAGACAACAUUAGAGCGUAUCUGCGAAAGGAAGCCCGAAUGUGUACAGUAUUGGCUUUCGGACUUGAUCGGGUCUUGUGAGAACGAAUGUAUGACGACGUUGCAAAGCAAACCCUUGGGUGCAGAGAUGAAAGCCAUGGUGUCAGCCAGCUCUGCAACAAUUACAGGGAACAUAAAGAAGGUUCAGACCCACGGUCAGAUCAUAGUGCACCAGUAUAGUGACGUUAUAAGACAAAUGGAAUCAAAUCAGAUAAGUGAAGAGCAGAUUUGCCUCCUAGUAGCCAACAUCAACGAAUUCGUUCUGGCACAUAGCAUAACUCUAAACACCAAACCACCGGGAGAAACUCCAGAAAGAUGGGACAAAAUCAAGGUCUCCUUACAAAUGUACCUCCAAAAACUCAUAGAUAUUGGAGAGGAUGUGAAAAUAGAGUUAAAUGAGAGUCAGCCGGAGUGGAAUCUUGUACAGAAACAUUUGGACACACUUAUUGAAAUAUUCUUAGAGACGACUAAAGCUGUUUUGGUGCAACAAAUGAAGACGCUAGUGUCCAUAAUAGAAGAACCACCAUCGGAUUUGAUACUCAAAAGCACGCUGACUUCAAUCGGUCAUCUAGCCAUGUUGACCGAAGACCCCGAAACUUCCUUACACGACAAAUGCGCUAAGAUUAUGAAGAACAUAACUGAUCUGCCGUUCGUGGACUGUGGAGUACCCAGGGCUUUGCUGACGGCUAUUAUAGAGACUAAGAAGAGUUCUAUAAAGGCACUUUCUUUGAGAGCGCUGGCUACUGUCUGCGUGACUGGCGACGCGGUCAAACAGUUUGAAGAGGGAGGCGGCAUAGAAAUUCUGUCAGACAUUCUCUCUGACCGAUCGAAUCCAGAACCGCAGAUGAGGGAAGCGAUCACCGUUCUAACUCAAAUCACGGCGCCGUGGCUGCGAGGCCAUUACGACCUCACGCAGUUACAUCUAUUCCUGAACAACAUCGUUGAACAUAUUACUGGUCUCCUAUCCAGAACGGAGUGCUGCCAACUGCUUCUCCUAUGCACUGCAUGUCUCGUCAACUUGGUGCGAGAGUUGGAGCUGGAGAGGAAAGAAGACACGAAGGGUUCGGACAUCGUGGCGGUGAUCACUCACCAUCAUACGGUGGAGCGACUACUGGACGCUGUCAAGCGUCGUGGUCCGAAUAUCUCGGUGUUUCUACAGGAACAAACAGCCUCUCUGUUAGCGUCACUAUCGCGAGUGGCGCGCUGCGUGCUGUUGUUGUCGCGCGUGUCGUCGGCGAGCGUGGCUCUCGUGUGCUUCGUGCGCGCCGCGUCGCCGCUCGCGCCGCGCCGAGCCGAGCAGCGCGCGCAGCACAGGCUGCACUGUCACGCAGCUGAGGCUAUCUCUAGACUGGCAGUAGUACCGGACGUGGCCACACAAAUAGUCCAAUUAGAGGGCGUUCCCCAUCUUACCCGCCUGGUUAGGAUGCAGCGGACCCGUCCUCCCAUAGACAUCAACCCCGACCAAAUACUCAUACAUUGCCUGAAAGCACUGCGAACCAUAUACAAGCACCAUCCUGAAGCAUUCACCGAACAAAAAGACGUCGAUGAAAUGAUCAGGCCGCAUCUGAUGGAGUCUUUGAUGCUUUUCUCUGCUAAACAGGAGAGUUACGUGUGAUGUUGAGUCUGUCGCACAGAAAUAUCUCGUGUUUAGGUGCAAAAACUACAGUGUUGUUGUGUGUUGUAAAGCGAUAAAAGGACUGUUACUGUAUGUCUAUCGCUCGAGGUGCGCUCCCAUCACUGCCGUCCUAACGAAGAGAGCAAUAACUAGGUUUCGACUACUUUCGAGAUAUUCGCGGUUAUGAUUAGCUACUUACAAAUCGUAAUAUUACAUAUUGCAGUUUUGAUAACCAACAGAACCGAAACUA